AUGGCUGCACCUAAACCUCCCUAUGACCCGGUGAAAACGGUGGAAGGCAUGUUUAACGGUUCAGUGACUCGCAUCGCCUAUGCCAUGAAAGACCCUUUGAACUAUGCGCAGUCCACAAAAGCCGUUCUCGCCGAGACUGCGAAGAAGUUCCAAGAUGCGCUCGACGACUGUGAGAUCCAGAUCCUCGAGGCAAAGUGGUACCUCGAGCAUCAGUUGGCUUUGAACAAGGCGCGACGCGAAGCGAAAGCCAGAGAAGACAGCGCGGCGCAUGCGAAAAGGAAACACGAGGAAAUCAAAGACGAACAAGAAAAGACUGUCGAGUCCGAGAGGGAAAAUGCACCGAAACGCGUUAAGACGGCAGAGCCUGAGGAAUCCGUACAGACGCAACGACCCCCACAACCGCCUUUGCAACCACAGCCUCCUGUUGCUCUCGCGAACGCAACUAACAGCACGAACACGAGCAAAGCCGUUCCGAAGACAGGAGAGAAGCCGAGGGUUUCUGUUACCACGGACGUCAAGACAUCACAACCUACCCCAGCGCCUCCCUCCAAACCACAGGCUAAGCUGGCUCGGCCCACACAGAUACCUGAGAGUACUGUUGCACCGAUCACGGCUGAAGAGCAUCCUAAGAUGACGCCACAAGAUAUGUCAGCCGGAGGCAAUGAGGACUUCAACUUCGUUUCCAUGUUUGGUGAGGCCUCAGGCGACAACCUGGACGGCGCAGGGAACGGCAUGAACUUCGAUCUCAACCUCGGCAACGGUUUCGACGCCGAGGCGGCUGCCCACAACCUCAACGUGCAUGAUUCAUCAUUGAACUCCCUCCUCCCUGGCCUGGAAUCUUAUGCCAACCAGGCGGGUGACGACAACAGUUUCAACAUGGGCGGCAAUGUCGAUAUGAGCACUGGCGGAGGAGCCGACAUGGGAGCAGGCAUGACCACUGAUAACAACGUCCAACAGCAGAUCAAUAUCAACGAUUUCAGUCUCCCCUCACUGGGACCGAACGAGUUUGACGAUCUACUCAAUUCCAACGACAUGAAUUUCGACGGAUCCCUUGACCUAAACGAUGAUGGAAUGAUGAACAUGGAGAAUAUGGAUAUGGAUUUUGACAGUAUGUUCAAAUAA